AUGAGCGCGGUGCUACGGGGAGCCCUCCAGCGGCUGCGGCCCCCCCGCGGCGGUGGCCGGCCCGGUGCCCUCGCCGCGGCUGCCCUGCGGCCCCUCAGCGGCGGCGCGAGCCCCCAGGGGCGGAAAAAAACUUCAUCUUCUUCCUUGGGGAAAGACAGAGCAGACACAGUGAUCAUUGGAGGUGGUUGCGUUGGUGUGAGUCUAGCCUAUCACUUGGCUAAGGCUGGCUUGAAGGAUGUAGUUCUGCUAGAAAAAUCUGAGCUCACUGCAGGAUCUACUUGGCAUGCAGCUGGUUUAACUACUUAUUUUCAUCCUGGAAUAAACCUGAAGAAAAUCCAUUCUUACAGCAUCAAACUCUAUGAAAAGCUGGAAGGAGAGACUGGACAGGCUGUGGGGUUUCAUCAGCCUGGAAGCAUCAGAAUUGCUUCAACCCCUACUAGGGUGGAUGAAUUCAAAUACCAAAUGACUCGUGUUGGCUGGCAUCCCACAGAGCAGUACCUAAUCAUGCCUGAGAAAGUUCAAGAGCUAUUUCCCUUACUGAACAUGGAUAAGGUUUUAGCUGGUCUGUAUAACCCUGGAGAUGGUCAUAUUGAUCCCUAUUCUCUCACUAUGGCCUUGGCUGCAGGAGCCAGAAAAUAUGGUGCCCAAUUAAAUUACCCUGUUGAAGUGACUAAUCUGAACUCCCGAUCAGAUGGAACAUGGGAAGUUGAAACUCCACUGGGAGUAAUUCUAGCAAAGAGAAUUGUGAAUACUGCAGGCUUCUGGGCUCGUGAUGUAGGCAAGAUGAUUGGCCUGCAGCACCCUCUCAUACCUGUCCAUCAUCAGUACAUUGUAACAUCAACUAUCCCUGAAGUGAAAGCCCUAAAAACAGAAUUGCCAGUGAUUCGUGAUUUAGAAGGAUCAUAUUAUCUAAGGCAAGAAAGAGAUGGUCUUUUAUUUGGUCCAUAUGAAAGUGAGGAAAAGAUGAAGCUGCAGGACUCAUGGGUGACAAAUGGAGUCCCACCAGGUUUUGGAAAAGAGCUUUUUGAGCCUGAUUUAGACAGAAUAAUGGAGCAUAUUGAGGCUGCUAUGGAAAUGGUCCCCAUUCUGAAAAAAGCAGAUAUCGUAAACACAAUUGCUGGUCCUAUCACCUAUUCUCCAGACAUUCUUCCUAUGGUGGGACCACAUCAGGGUGUCAGAAAUUACUGGGUAGCUAUUGGUUUUGGGUAUGGUAUUAUACAUGCUGGUGGCAUAGGAAAAUAUCUCAGUGACUGGAUCCUUGAUGGGGAACCUCCAUUUGACCUGAUAGAAUUAGAUCCCAACCGCUAUGGAAAGUGGACAACGACAGAGUUCACAGCAGCCAAAGCAAGAGAGUCUUACGGUUUUAAUAACAUUGUUGGUUACCCUAAAGAAGAAAGAUUUGCUGGGAGACCAACAGAGAGAACCAGUGGGCUGUAUGAUUUGCUGAAAUCAAAAUGUUCAAUGGGCUUUCACGCAGGAUGGGAGCAACCUCAUUGGUUCUACAAACCUGGAGAUGAGAUUGGAUACAAACCCAGUUUUCGGCGCACAAAUUGGUUUGACCCUGUGGGUCGUGAGUAUAAACAGGUUAUGGAAAAAGUCGGUGUGAUUGACCUGUCACCAUUUGGCAAGUUUAAAGUAAAAGGCACAGAUUCUGUUAAGCUGCUGGAUCAUCUAUUUGCAAAUGUUGUUCCAAAGGUGGGUUCCACAAAUAUAAGCCAUAUGUUAACACCAAGAGGAAAAGUUUAUGCUGAGCUAACAGUCUCUCAACUGCAUCCUGGAGAAUUUAUGCUUGUAACUGGAUCAGGAUCAGAACUCCAUGAUCUGAGAUGGAUAGAAGAGAAGGUAAUGAGUGGUGGAUAUGAAGUUGAAAUAGAAAACAUCACAGAUGAGAUGGGAGUACUUGGUAUAGCAGGUCCAUAUGCCCGACAGGUCCUCCAGAAGUUAACAAAUGAGGAUCUGAGUGAUGGUUCAUUUAAGUUUCUCCAGUCUAGACAUCUGAAACUUUCUGAUAUUGCUGUUACUGCCAUUCGAAUAUCAUACACAGGUGAAUUGGGCUGGGAGCUCUAUCAUAGAAAAGAAGAUUCUGUAGCUCUUUACAGUGCAAUCAUGGAAGCCGGCCAAAAAGAGGGAAUCGACAACUUUGGAACAUAUGCUCUGAAUGCCUUAAGGCUGGAAAAGGGUUUCCGAGCCUGGGGGGCAGAGAUGAACUGUGACACUAAUCCCUUGGAAGCGGGACUGGAAUACUUUGUAAGACUAAACAAGCCAGCAGACUUUACAGGAAAGCAGGCAUUAAUGCAGAUUAAAGAAAAGGGGCUCAAACGACGACUGGUAUACCUCAUCCUGGAAACAGACGACAUUGAUCCGGAAGGAAAUGAAAGUGUGUGGCACAAUGGCAAGGUUAUUGGCAACACCACAUCUGGAAGUUUCAGUUACAGUGCUCAGCAGAGUCUGGCUUUCGCAUAUGUUCCCACAGAACUCAGCAAAGUUGGACAGAAAUUGGAAGUUGAACUUUUAGGAAAAAAUUAUCCAGCAACUGUUAUACAAGAGCCACUGGUGCUGACUGAACCAACAAGAACACGCCUUCACAGGAAGGGUGAAAAUCCCAAAAUGUGA